AUGACUCACACAUGCAGUCUUCUGUUUCUCCUUCUCAUCACUGUUGGGACCACUCUUCCUUUGAAACUCUGUCCAUCUUCUUGUCGAUGUGACCAGGACGUCCACAGUGUGACAUGUUUUGGAGCUGAGGUCAUGCCACUUUUUCACGUCGGCAUACGGGAAGUGUGGCUGGUGGGAUCCAGGUUUUCUUCUGUUCCUGAAGAUGCCUUUAGCAACUUGGUCAACGUUUCUCACAUAUCCAUAUUUGAUGAUGUGAAUAUAAAACACCUUGAAAGGCAUUCGUUCCACAACCUGUCCUGGAUCACCCACAUACAACUGAAUGGUUUAAAAACCCUGUCCUCCAUUCACCCAGAGGCAUUCAAGGACCUGCCACAUUUAAAGUACCUUGGGAUCAUCAACACAGGUCUCAGCACCUUUCCUGUCCUACAGUACAUCCAGGCCACUCAAGAGGAUUUUGUUUUGGAGAUUGUAGAGAAUGUCUUCAUAGAAGUCAUACCUGCAAAUGCUUUCAGGGGAAUAACUGACAACACUCUGACAGUCAUGUUGAACAGUAACGGCCUUAAAGCGAUCCAGAACUUUGCCUUCAAUGGGAGCAGACUAGAGGAAGUCUAUCUUCACAGGAAUGUGGAUUUGGACCAAAUAGAAGAAUUAGCUUUUUAUGGAGGCAUUUAUGGCCCGACUCACAUAGACCUUUCAGAAACCCACAUUCUCUCUUUACCUUCAGUGGGUUUGGAGACCAUUGAAAAUCUUCGAGCUAAAAACACUUGGACUCUCAAAGCGCUGCCUCCGUUAAGAGCCUUUUUCCAUUUACAAAGCGCUGAAUUGACCUACUCCAGCCAUUGUUGUGGACUCCAAAUGCUCAGAAGAUGGAGAGGACACUCUGAGGCAGUCAUCUGUAACCUGACCAGAAGCAGGUGGAAGAACCCAGGCUCCUCUGCCGCUGCUGGAAAUCAAACCCUGCAGGACUCUACAGACAGCGUGGACCCGUCCUCACCCAGCGGUCACUCCUCUGACCACACCCCCCUGUGUCCACAUGCAGAGUGUGAGCAGGAGUUGUACGUGGCCUUUCCCACAGAAGGUCCUGCUGAAGCCUUGGACUCUGUGCUGUGUACUGAACUGAACUCAGACAGUCCUGGACUCCGGUGCACCCCCCUGCCUGACCCCUUUAACCCCUGUGAGGAUGUGAUGAGUCAGGGGUUCCUCAGGGUGCUGGUGUGGGCCGUCGGUCUGUUCGCCAUCACGGCCAACACACUGGUGAUCUUCAUCCUUCUGACCAGUCGACAGAAGCCGUCCGUCACCCGUUUCCUCCUCGGUCACCUGGCCUUCGCAGACUUCUGUAUGGGAACGUACCUGCUGAUUAUCGCCUCCGUCGACGUCUACACUCACUCUCGCUACUAUCACUACGCUAUCGCUUGGCAGACAGGACCUGGCUGCAGUCUAGCGGGGACGUUAUCAGUGUUUGCCUGUGAACUGUCUGUCUACACUCUCACUUUAAUCAGCGUUCACAGAUGGCACGCCAUCUUCUACGCCAUCAGACUGGACAGUAGAAUGCGCGUCCGCCAUGCGGUGCUGCUGAUGCUGGUGGGCUGGUUCCUGUGUGCGGUCCUGGCUCUGAUGCCGGUGGUGGGUGUGAGCAGUUACCAGAAGGUCAGCGUCUGCUUACCCAUGGACACGGACACGGCUGCGGCCCAGGCCUACGUGGUGUCCCUGCUCAUGGUGAACGUGGUGGCCUUCACGGUGGUGUGUUUGUGUUACAUCCACAUCUACUGCAUGGUGCACAACCCCCAGCACCAGUCCAGCAGAUACGACACCGCCAUGGCCAAACGCAUGGCCGUUCUGGUUUUUACCAACUUCCUGUGUCUGGCGCCCAUUUGUUUCUACGGCCUGUCUGCAGCUCUGCACCGGCCACUCAUCACCGUCACCCACUCCAAGGUGCUGCUGGUUCUUUUCUAUCCUCUGAACUCUUGUGCACACCCAUUUUUUUAUGCUAUUCUGACAAAGGCCUUCCACCAGGACGUCCUGAUGCUGCUGAGCCGGAUGGGGCUGUGUCCCAGGAAAGUGCACCUUUACCGGAGCAAACUUCUGGACAUUAGCUGCAACCCUCCCAUCACAUCACAAAAGUUUCACGUACCGGAAUCAGGUACUCCUGGCUCCGGGACGCAUGUUUGA